AUGCUUGAUCGCUUCUCAGAAGAAAAUAUUAUUGGAAAUUAUUGUUCGCAAAAUAUUGAAAAAGGCGCUUCCACUUCAUCUACUUCCCAACAACAAUCUUCAAAAUCUCUUCCCAGCAUAACUUCAGCAAUUUCUGAAAAAUCUUCAAAAAAGCGAAAAAGAGUUUUAUCAACUAGUGAAUCUUCUUCUGAGUCAUCUGCCUCAAUUUGUAUAACUCCGUUAAAAAAUUUUUAUUCCGAAAGAGGGCCGAAAGGACGUUUUAAAAAGCGAAGUGAUUCUUUCAAGUCCAAUGAGGAAAUAACUACACCCUCUUUUGAACAAAAUUUUAGAGGAAGAGCAAUUUCGUUUCAUGUUGGAAGUAAUAAAUUAGAGAAAGGACCAACCUCAAAAGCUUUGUCUUCCUCGCAAAAAGAAAUACUUGUAGAUAUUGACUGUUCUUCUUUAAUUACGCCUAAACUUGUUCCAAAUGGAUUACAUCCACGUUUAAACAGUUUAAAUAAAAAUACAAAUUUAAGUAAUGGAAUUAUAGGCAACAAAUCAUCCCAGAAUGGAGGAAAACAGCAAAAACAAUUGAGAAAAGGCACUCCAAUAAUUAAAAAACAAAAAUCAAAAAAUAAAAUUUUUGGAAAAUCUGAGAGCAAUUUAAAAAAUUGUUUUAAAUUAAUGAGUGAAGAAGAUGAUGAUUUUGAUGAAGAGGAAGAAGAUAAGGAAGAAAUUGUUGCUGAAGAGGAGGAGGAGGAGGAUGGGGAGGAAUUGAUGGAAAAAUCAAUGAGGGGAGUGAAUGGGAAUAAUGGAACAAAUGACCGAAAACAUUGGACAAAAUCAUCAACGGCGACAACUUCGAAUGAUAAAGACCCAGACAACGAAAUUUCUGUAUUACUACGAAAAAAGCAAGAACGCCUCCGUGAAUUAUUUUAUAAAAGUCGACCGACUAUAGAAACCUUGUAUGCUCGUGUGUUGAAAGAAUAUGCAGUUCAUGAAGCUAUACAUAAAAUGGAUGAAGCUGAUAAUAAGGUUUUUUGAAAUUAAAAAUUUUUUUUUGGCUCUUCCAGGGGUUCUAAAUAUUUU